CAAAAAUUGCGCCCUCCGUGUGUCCUGCGAAUGUUGACAAUUACAGGAUUAAGAUAAAUUGGUAGAUAGUAGAUUACUCGGCUGAUUAUUGAUAAAUAAUAAAAAAAGAGAUUUCUCGAUCAAAAAGUUAAAAGGCACCUUUAACUAACGAGCUUUCAAGUCGGAUCUUGAUCCUAUAAUACGAUACACUGUAGUGCUGUUGAUUUUUCCACGUCCAGUAGUUUUUAAUUUUUAUUUCUAACCUAUUGGUUUUUACAUACUAAUUAAUAAUAAUAUUAAGUUUUCAAGAUUAGCAAAAUGAUGAAAGGAAAAGAAAAUUUGAGUCAAAGUCAACAAAAACAUCAAAUGGGUAAGACAGAUAUCUUGAAAGAAAGUAAGUUUCAGUCAACUACUGCAAGUUCUAAAAGCAUUGCUAAAAAAUCAGAAGAAACCAACACUGCAAAUAAAUCCCAAGAACUUAUGCCUCCGCCAAAACUACCUUUAAAUUCUACAGAAGUCCGUGCAGUGAAAAAACCAGAUCAAACUCAUCAUUCACAAAACUCUCAUCAUAAGGACACUGUGACAGAUUCUAAACCAAAAAAACAAGAGAGUUCAACAAGCUCAAUCCCACAAUCAAAGACUGGAAACCAAAAGGAAAAGAAAAAACAAUGGGCUAUCACAGAUUUUGAUAUUGGACGUGCACUCGGUAAAGGCAAAUUUGGAAAUGUAUACUUGGCACGAGAAAAACAAUCAAAGUUUAUUGUUGCAAUGAAAGUAUUGUUUAAGGCUCAGAUUUUAAAGGCUGACAUUGAGCAUCAAGUCAGGCGAGAAAUUGAAAUUCAAACUCAUUUAAGGCACCCUAAUAUACUAAGGAUGUAUGGAUAUUUUCAUGAUGAUACUAGAGUUUAUUUAAUUUUGGAAUUUGCUCCUAAGGGAGAAGUAUUUAAGGAACUUAAUGCUCAACCUAAUAAACGUUUUGAUGAAGUGAGGACCGCCACUUACAUUUCGCAACUGGCUGAUGCCUUGAAAUAUUGUCAUGCAAGGAAAGUUAUUCAUAGAGAUAUAAAACCAGAAAAUUUACUUCUUGGUGUUAACGGAGAAUUGAAAAUGGCUGACUUUGGUUGGUCUGUUCAUGCCCCAUCUUCACGCAGGGAAACUGUGUGUGGUACCUUAGAUUAUUUACCACCAGAAAUGGUCAAUGGUCAAACGCAUGAUCAUACUGUUGAUUUGUGGGGCGUUGGAAUUUUGACUUACGAAUUUUUGGUUGGUCAACCACCAUUUUUAGCCAAAACUUACGAUGAGACCUACCAUAGAAUAAAAAAAGUAAAAUAUACCGUCCCAGAUCAUAUGAGUUCUGGAGCCAGAGACCUUAUAGCAAAACUUCUCGUUGUGGCGCCGGAAAAAAGGUUAUCAUUGGAUGGUAUUCUAGAUCACCAAUGGGUUGUUUCAAAUCGUACAACUCAACCAACUCAAGAAAGCAUGAAGAGAAGUUAAUCUAUUUGAUCUAUUUUUUAAUUUUAUGUCAUUUAAAAAUCAAAAUGGAGUAUAAGUUUCUGAAAGUUUUACUUCUAUAUUUGGGAUAGCCAAAGUAGUUUUUAAUUCUGUAGAUGAUUAAAAUUUUGUACAAUAUAUUUUUUAAUAUUGGA